AUGUCUCAACGGAAACGGUACUCAUUGAACGUCAUCACGUCCCCGGCGAUACCGUCGCCGACGCCCAGUGCACCACUACAGACUAACGCAUCCAAUUGGGAAACGGCUUCAACAACGGGUGUUGCAUCUUCAUUUCUCCCGAGUUCUCAUCAUGGUGGUACAGUGCUGAAUCCCGGUCUGGGGAUAAUGAGAUCUCCUUCGAUGAACAAGUCUGGUGCGUUUGGCCGGUCCGGCAGCAGUGGUUCCAGUGCAGUGAUAGAACCGUCCAAUAUAAAGUUGCUGUUGAUUGGAGACGCAAACGUGGGGAAGACAGCCAUGAUCCUGAGCUACUGUCAUGAACUGAUGACACGAGCAGAAAUGUCGCGGUCGGUGCGACUGAGGCACCAUCAGCAACAACAGCAUAGAGACUUGGAGUUGAAGAAAACUGUGGUGAACCAUAGACUGAGCAUGAAGGAGAAAAGGAAACGUUACAGUUCCAACGAUUUUGAAAAGGAGUUCAAGGACGUCGGUCAUUUUGCGGAUAAGGCCAGCGAGUUUGGAAGCCCCGGUAUCGACGAUGAUGGCAGCCCAGAGGUGGCGGACCCCAAUGAGAUCGUCAUCGAAACCAGGAGCACGAUCGGGAUAGACAUCAAGACGAACUUGGUCAACAUAGACAAUCGGUUCUUCAACGUUAUACUGUGGGACACCGCGGGCCAAGAACGCUAUCAAAACGCCAUCAUUCCAUCGUUAUACAAGAAGACGAAUGCGGUGAUAUUGACAUACGAUAUAACAAAUGCUAGGUCUUUCCAGAAUUGCAUGGAGCAAUGGAUUGUGCAAGCCUUGGGAAACUUCUCCUCGCAGGAUUUGUCGAAGGCAAGAUUCUUUCUGGUGGGUAACAAGAUCGACUUGUACAAGGAAAGGCAAGUGACACACUAUGACGUUGUGCAGAUGGUCCAGGAGAUGCAGUUGAAAUAUGGUAUCAAGAUUUCGGGUAAUUUCGAAGUAAGCUGCAAAUGGGUCAAUGUUGUGGAGAGAACAAUGAAUAUGAUAAUACUGGAUUUGGUAGAAAACGGAUGUUUCGAAAAUAACGAUCCUUGCGUACCGAUUCUGGCACCCAGCGAUCUGCAAGAACAAGAACAGGAAUUUCAUGAUACGAUGGAAGAGCCCUUCAAUAUUACUCGCCAACGUAAGCAUCAAUUUGAGAAAAAUAACACGGUAGAUAUCACGAAACCUUAUGACGAUACAGCGAAUAACCAAUCCAUCUGUUGCGUUUAG